AUGGGGCGCGGUUUAUUGGAGCUACACUUGCACGCCGCUCCCAUCGCUGGUGUUGGGUUAGUAACAGAGUUGUUAACGAGUAACACACUGGUUAAGCUCACGAUAUCUGGUAGUUGUGAUCUCAAGGUCGGGCGUGUGUUUCUCCCAGCGCUCAAAUCACUUUCUCUAUUGUCAGUUAAUAUGAUUGAUCAUCCCAACUAUAGUCGGCUCGUCGAUGGCUGCCCUGUGCUGGAAGAUUUAUUCAUACGUGAUGGUGAACAACCAGGUAGCGGUUCAUUCGUGGAAAGUGCAUCCAUCAAGCGACUUGUGGUUUUUACCAAAUGCCGUCCCGUCUAUAGAGACGUGGCUCACGAUCUGAUUUGUUUUGAAGCACCAAGCCUUGUCUACCUUGAUUAUUCUAGUUAUGUCUCCGAGAGUUAUGAGUUUAUUGAUUUGAAUUUGCUUGUCGAAGUCAGGCUGAGUCUCAAGUUAUGGGAGUCAACUAACGAUAUUGAUUAUUCUGAUGAUGACGAUGACGAUGAUGACGAUGAUGAUGAGGAUGAUGACUAUGAUUAUGAUGAUGAUGAUGAUGAUGAUGAUGAUGAUUUAAAAUCUUUUUAUGGUAAACAAAAGCCGGUUAUAUUUGGUGAUGUUACAAAGCUAGUUGAGGGUAUAUGCAACAUUACGAUCCUUCACUUGUCUCCCAAUUCCCUCGAGACGUUUCAUUUCUGCUGUAAAUCCAUGCCGGUGUUCAACAACCUCCUUAGUUUAUCUAUCGAGAGCCACGAGGAAAAAGGUUGGCAAGUAAUGCCACUUCUGCUCAAGAGUUGUCCAAAUCUACACACUUUAGCCAUCAAGGUAUUAGUAUCAGUUUCCCCUUUUUCUGAGAUUCUCUUCUGUUGUUUGUGGUGCCCAUUAUUAUACAUGUCAAACUUUGGUCUUGUGGUUUCAGGGUCUUAUGCACAGAGUAACAAACAGAUGCGGAGAUGCAUGCACUUGCAGCCCUGA